UUGUGUGUUUUGGUUCUAAGGGGAAGUUGCCAGAAGAAAGAAAGGAGGAGACGUGACGGGAUUGUUGAAAUUGUUUUCUCGGCUCCCCAUACCAAUCUCACCGCAGUGCCCCGGAUUCCGUGUGUAAUACACAUCAAAGUGGUGGGAGUAAAAGUUCCCCCCAUCGUCUGGCUCUCAGCAGACGCCCAGGUCGUAAAGUUUGGCCCACAGGAUAGCAGAGGAUCUGAUUAGGCCAUGGCCAGCAGAGGAGGAGCUACAAGACCCAAUGGACCCAACGCAGGAAACAAGAUCUGUCAGUUUAAGCUGGUGCUGUUGGGGGAAUCAGCCGUUGGGAAGUCCAGCUUAGUGCUUCGCUUUGUCAAGGGCCAGUUCCACGAAUUCCAAGAAAGCACAAUAGGAGCGGCUUUUCUCACCCAGACAGUGUGUCUAGAUGACACGACAGUGAAGUUUGAAAUCUGGGACACUGCAGGUCAGGAGCGGUACCACAGUUUGGCGCCCAUGUAUUACAGAGGAGCACAAGCCGCCAUCGUGGUCUACGACAUCACAAACGAGGAGUCCUUUGCGCGAGCAAAGAACUGGGUGAAGGAGCUACAGAGACAAGCUAGUCCUAAUAUAGUCAUCGCUCUGUCAGGAAAUAAAGCCGACCUGGCCUCCAAGAGAGCUGUGGAUUUUCAGGAUGCUCAAUCAUACGCAGAUGACAACAGCCUACUUUUCAUGGAGACAUCAGCCAAGACAUCUAUGAAUGUGAAUGAGAUAUUUAUGGCUAUUGCAAAGAAAUUGCCAAAAAAUGAGCCUCAAGCUCCAGGAGCUAACAGCGGUCGGACCAGGGGAGUGGACCUGACAGAAGCUGCUCAGCCAGCCAAGGCUCCGUGCUGCUCUACCUAGAAUGAAGAACACAAUUUUCCCUCCCUGACCUGUAAACUAGUAACUAAUGUGGCCGACGCCCCAGAUGCCACUGCAGCUACUAAAGCAACGUGUCCCCCUUUGUUUGAAACAGAAAAAGAUGCCCUGUAUCCUCCCUCACACUUUGUUUCUUUUUAUCUCAGUAGCAAAGUCAGUGCCAUUUCACUGAUGUCUUUGGGGCUCUGCCUCUUCCAUUAAGGUUCUGCUGGUACCUGAAGAAGCCUCCUAACCACUCUGUUUUACUUUACAUCUCCCAGUUGAUUGAUGGAUCAGUGAUCAGAUAUUAGAAGCCUCAGCUCAUCCAACAUCUUUGAUAGGAGUUCAAUUUUGAGGAAGGGGGUCACUUCCCUUUUCUGGAAACUACUGCUCUUAUUUUCACCAUUCUUCUGCUUUUGGUCAUUUUUGGUAGAUUUAUUUUGUUGUUGGUUAUUUAGAAUAUUUUUCUUUAAGCUGUCAAUGCACAAACGUGUGUAUUUACGUGGGUAAAAAAAAAGAAGAAGAAAAUCAAACUGUUUUACCUUUGGUCUAUAGUAGCACAAACAAAGCGACAAAUGUUGGAGUCAAAGAGCCAUUUCUUGUGGCUCUGAGGAAAGGAAAGACGUUGAGUAGAAAGCCAAAAAAGAACCCUGAGAUCUGUGUCCCUCUCAUGUCUUCAGAACCUUUUAUUCAAAGUUUAAAAAAAACUUUUAAACUCUUGAUUCCCUCAGCAAUCCACUGGCUUUCCCUUCAUCAGUUUAGAAUUAGAGCGUGUGUCAUACGUUUUUCUACCUGUAGUCUCCUCCCAGGGACUGUGCCUGCUUGUUUCUGGCCGCGGUGGCAUUGUAUCAUGUUUUGCAGUAUUCCUUAAAGCGUCGAGUGUCUGCAAGAACCAUUGCAACACUUGAAAGCCCCCUCCCUCCCCUCAGCAAGACAGAGAGGCCUCUAAGGUACACAUCAGCAACCGUUCAUCUCUUAUGUGUCGCAUCCUUUCGUUAAUCCCGUGUCAACCAUCAAACUGGGGUUGGAGGAUUUUGUUUAUGCAAAGAGCUUUUUUUUUUUUUUUUUCUCCUCCAUUAUGUCAGUGUUGCUUGACCGCUGCAGGGUUUGCACAGGGUAAAAAAAAAACAAAGGUGGUGGUUGUGAGUGGGAUGCUGCAAUAUGAGGUCUCUUCAUGUUUAAAGUGGAAUUCUAAUUAUUUCACACGUGGAUUAGGAAGUGCUUUAGACACGUUGGUGUGUCAGUAUAUUCGAACUUUGCCUGGGCUGGCUGGUGACUGAUUUCAACUGUAGACUUAUAGUCACAUGCACAUUACACACACUUGCACAAUGGAACACACACUCACUCUGCAGAUCAUAGACACACAGUCUGUUACACCUCAUUCAUACCAAUGUUAAGCACAUUAUUUGUGUUUUUCUAUGUCCCCACAUGUUGUUACACACACGCACACAACACAUAUUUGCACACACACAUUAGUUAUCUAGACUAUUUCUUGUCAAUAACUUUUUUACUGGUCUUACUCAUGCCUUGCACUAAUGAUGCUUAUGAAUUUAUGUUGUCAUAAUCUCAGUCAGUGUGUUAUAAAUAUAUACAUAAUAUAAAUAUAUAAAUAAUAUACUGUAAAUAUGGUGUUGCGGUGUAGUCUACUUUUUUUCCUGAUUUUUCUAGUGACUAAUGCUUGCUAGGGAGUUAUCUAGGUAAUCAUUAGGGGUUAAAAAAAACUGUACAGAUAGCAGGAAAACAGCUACAGUUUGGGUUUGGAGUUUUGCUGUUUCUUUUCACAAAAAUGGUUAAAUUAUAAUCAGUGGUGGUCUAUAUUAAUGUAUGUAGUGUUAUUAACAAAAGUAAAAAAAUAAAAUUGCAUUUAUUUACACUUCUAAAAUGUUAUACCCAAGCAUAUUAGAUUCUGCUUGUUAAAAAUGACCUUUCUGUUGCCUUUUGUUUGUUUGUUUUUCUUGUUGGUAUGGCUCAUUUAUAUCCCCAGUAAAGCUGAACUUCCACGUCCAGAGCUAUUGGUUGGAAAAUUUCCCAAAAAUCGGGAUAAAUGAGAUGGUCUGACAAUCCACAGCAUUUCAGAAAGCGUUGUUGCCGUAAUGCAGGAACGAUAGAACAGAUGUCAGGUAACCUAACAGGGGUAUAAAUUGUAUGUUUUCCCUUUUUUUUUUUUGUCAACACUUCUUUGCAACAGAACACAUUUAAAUGCAAGCAUUUUACAGUACUGUUAUGUAAUGACAAAAUACAUACUGAAAUAAAUUUGAUCAUUUAUCAUUGUAGUUGGGCAGUUUCUGUCUGCAUGUUCUGUCUGCACAAACGUUUCUGCAUUUUAUGUGACAGACGCAAAAUGAGUGCACAGCUGAAGGAAAUGAUACAUGGUUUUCACCUUUUUAGAGCUGUAGACAUUUAAAAUCCUGCUCCCAUUUCCUUUGCAAAAUAACUCAAGAUCAUUCAGAUUAGAGAGGGGUUCAGGUUCUUUACUAGAUUUAGUCAGGACUUUAACUAGGCUUCUCUUUCAUUUAAGUGUUUCGAGCUGAACUAUUUUACUUGUCAUCGUCCAGUUGGAAGGUGAGGGUUUCUUCCAGCUUUCCCCUCAAUCGGCCUUCCCAUCAACUUGGUUCCUGCUGAAGAAAAGCAUCCCAAUGUUAUAUCACUGCAAUGUUUUUGUUUUAUAACCUGUUUAAAACAACUUCGCAACUUAA